AUGGUUGAACAGUCCCUACGGAAGGUCGUGGCCACCACACCAGCCAGCACAUCGGGUCACACACACAAAUGGGCCGUAGGGGAGAUGGACCCUGCAGUUACUCGGAGUAGGGCGGCCUCCUCCAUUCAAUUGCCUUACCUAGAGAAGACGCCAUCACGCUACGGCCUCUGGUUCAUACGAUCCUAUCGGUGUGAAAGGGAAGAGGCUGUGAAACGUGGAUAUGCCCUACAUCAACGUGGCCGCCACCAUGCAAAGAGCCGGGCAACUCAAGAUACGUGCCGAAGACGCCGACGGGCACCGUCUGUUAGUCCACCGAUAAGCAUCAUGAAAAAUCUAUCAACAGCCUGUCAUUUCACGUACCGCUCUGUCAUCUUUCAAGCCAUGCUGCCGUCCGAGGUAGUUGACAUGACCCCGCUCCCGGUCGUGUAUGGACUAUCCGUCGUCUUUCCAAAUGUUGGGAGGACGUCACGGCUGUUGAAACCGCACGCUUGGUACGUGUACCCGCUGUGGAGUAGGCCCGUAUAUCACAUUUCUAAUACCGCAUACCAGGCAGACAGCCUAAUCUGUCCUCUGUCUUCCGCUGUCACUUCCUCUUUUGAUAGCAGGGCCUGGAUCAGUCUUUGA